GUCAUCUUUUCGCCCAAAGCCGGUGACUUUUUUUGGUUCCAACCCAAACCCAACUUGCAUAGAUUAGUUUUGUUCUCAGGAUAUUAUUGGAAAUUUGGAAUUAGGGUUGGUGGGUUUGAUCUACCGGAGCACUGUGUCAGUGAAAGUCUUAAGCUUUGAGACUUUUAAGAGGUGCUUCUCUGCUUAAGCUUAAUGCCAUUGAAGAAGGCUCUGAGUUAGAGUUUGGUCGUUUUUCAAGUACCCAAUUCGCAGUAGAAAAUAUUAGUUUACCACUUGAUGUCGUGGGCAGGCCCAGAAGACUCUCUCCUCUCCACUUCUCUGGCGAGCUAUCUUGACAAAAAGCUUCUUGUCUUAUUGCGAGAUGGGCGCAAGCUCUUGGGGUUACUACGGUCUUUUGACCAGUUUGCUAAUGUUGUGCUUGAAGGUGCAUGUGAACGAGUUAUUGUCGGUGAUCUUUAUUGUGACAUCCCAUUAGGUCUGUAUGUAAUCCGUGGGGAGAAUGUAGUCUUAAUUGGAGAACUGGAAUUGAAUAAAGAGGAGCUUCCCCCGCAUAUGACUCUGGUACCCGAAGCAGAGAUAAAAAGGGCUCAGAAAGCAGAGAGGGAUGCUUCAGACUUAAAAGGCUCCAUGAGAAAAAGAAUGGAGUUCCUUGAUUUCGAUUAACUUGUCCUCCCAUUUAUCAUGGGUUCAUGCCAUGUCCGCAAAAUUUUAGUGCGACAGUGACCCAAGUUUCAGUAGGAGGGCAAAAGGAAGAAGCAAAGAAGAGAAAUAGUUAUCAGUUCUGAGGACUCACUGAACCUGGGAAGGAAAGUUGUGUUUUGGGUUCUAUAGAAUUGGCUCGGGUCUCAGUUGGCAAUUGCUUCUCUGUUGAACAUUAUUUUGAUUUUCCAUUGUUACUUGGCACAGUUGGUCAUUUUAUUUGUAUGAUGGUAAUUCCUUAUAAAUUCACUUUUCCCUUUA